CCCUGCCUACCUGGACUGGAGAAUGUGUGUGACGGUUUGUGGCUGGGAAGGGAUGCUGAAGAUGGAACCAGUUUGUCUGCUUUGGGGAGGGUAUGUUUUCGUUGAGUGAGGCACCUGUUAGGCAUGCUGAAGGUGGAACCAGUUUGUCUGCUUUGGGGAGGGUAUGCUUUCGCUGAGCGAGGCAAGGGGUUGGCAGUUCUACAGGAGUACCGAGCAGCAUGGACUACUAACACUGUCGCAACUUUCUCACAUCUGUGGUAAAACUCCUCGGUGGCGGAGUAACAAGAAACUGCAUGGUCAAAACAACCCAAUGGAGCCUAAGAUUUAGACCGAAGAGCUUUUCAUAAAGAAUCAUGCCUGGUGUCCGCACCGGGAGGAGGCUCUCUAAUGGGCUGAUGCUGGAGGAAUCAGAGAAAGGACAAUUGGUCGUUUCCAGUGUUGUCGAUGGCUCAUUGGCCAAUCAGGGGCUGAAAGAAGGAGAUGAAAUUGUGGGUGCCACAAUCAACUUUGACCAACUUUCAAAAGACGAUGUGUUGAAAAUACUGAAGUUGAUGGAUGAUAAUGGAUUUGAUGAGAAGGUUCAAGUUCUGACGAAAAAUAAUUUGCACAAGAGCAUGGCGACCUUGGACAGCUUCAAAGCACCAGAGGAGAUGUUGAAGGAUUCCUAUAACAGACUCAAUGCCAAAAUAAAGAAGUUCAUGAAGGAGGACAGCUCUGGACAACCUACAGCUUCUGGGGAAAGAGGCUCUCCUAACGGACAGGUAACGAGACCUCUCUGGGCCAAGCCUGAUGUCAGAGGAACAGACUCUACAGUGACUCUCGAUGCUCCUGGUGGAGAACUUUCGUUGCGUAAUGCCAACAUGAGUACAACGAAUCUCUCUCUAGCUCAGUUGAAUGGGUCUAUAGAGGCUGAUCCUGAUGUCAAUAUCUCCGAUUUACCUUCAGUAGACCUUAAAGGUUCCAAAAUAGAUCUAGAAUUGCCAAAUUCAGACAUUGGCAUCCCAUCUGGGAAGAUCAAAACACCAAGUCUUGGUAUGGCUGACUUUGCUAUAUCUGGACCAAGAUUUAGGAAUCCAGACCUGGACCUCUCAGCGGAUGAGAUGUGUGUAUCAGACGUCAGUUUGCCUGACCUCAGUACUCCAGAUAUUGACAUACCCUCAGGUAAAUUCAAACUAAUGAAACCACAUGCAGAACUCAAAGCUCCUGAUUUCGAUGUGGAUGCCCCCUCUGGUAAACUGAAGAUGCCCAAAUUUGAUGAUGAUGUAAAAACACCAAAGCUAAUUCUCAAAGCUCCCAAGAUAAAAGGUGGACUUGAUGCACCUGACUUGGACUUACCCAAAGUCGACCUGAAAUCACCUAAAUUAGAUGUAAACACUCCAGGUAUUGACAUUGAUUCACCCACAGGGAAAUUGAAAAUGCCCAAAUUGAAAAUGUCAACAUUUGGAAUGAAGGGGCCACAUAUUGACAAACAUGGAGAUAUAGAGGGACCAGACCUGAACUUGUCAUCUCCCAAUCUCAAGGGUCCCAAAGCAAACCUCAACAUUCCAGAUGCUGAUAUUGACAGUCCAUCAGGAAAAUUCAAAAUGCCAACUUUCAAGAUGCCAGAUUUAGGUUCCUCUGGACCAAAGGUUAAGGGGCCUGGCUUGGAUUUUUCAGCCCCCAAGUUUAAAGCUGGGAUUGAUGCCCCUGACAUGGAUUUACCAGACAUGGACCUCAAAGCCCCUAAAUUAGAUGUAACCACUCCAGAUAUUGACAUUGAUUCACCCACAGGGAAAUUCAAAAUGCCCAAUUUGAAAAUGUCAACAUUUGGAAUGAAGGGGCCACAUAUUGACAAACAUGGAGAUAUAGAGGGACCAGACCUGAACUUGUCAUCUCCCAAACUCAAGGGUCCCAAAGCAAACCUCAACAUUCCAGAUGCUGAUAUUGACAGUCCAUCAGGAAAAUUCAAAAUGCCAACUUUCAAGAUGCCAGAUUUAGGUUCCUCUGGACCAAAGGUUAAGGCGCCUGACUUGGAUCUUUCAGCCCCCAAGUUUAAAGGGGGAAUCAGUCCCCCAGAUCUGAAUCAUCCAGAUCUUAAAGGCCCCAAACUAGGCCUAAAUGCACCAGAUGUAAACUGUAAUAUGCCCUCAGCUAAAGUCAAAGUACCUACAUUGAAGAAACCAAAGGUUGAUCUGAAUGCUCCUGAUCUGGACAUUAACGGCCCCUCUGGUAAACUGAAAAUGCCCAAAUUUGGGCUGUCUGGUAAAAUGCCAAAAUCCACAAAACUGAAUCUCAAUGCCCCAAAGAUAAAGGGGGGAAUUGAUUCCCCAGAUCUGAAUUUUCCAGAUGCUGACCUCAAAGCCCCUAAACUAGAUGUGAAUACCCCUGAUCUUGACAUCAAUGCAUCCUCUGGGAAAUUCAAAAUGCCCAAAUUCAAAAUGUCUAAAUUCAGAGGCCUAAAAAGACCAGAUGUUGACAUUGAUGGAGACUUAGAGGGUGCAGAUAUAGAUAUCAAUGCCCCCACAGCUAACCUCAAAGGUCCCAAAACAGGUCUAAAAAUGCCAGAUUUGAAGAUGCCUGAUUUCGGGCUAUCUGGGCCAAAUGUAGAUAAACCUGACUAUGACUUACCUGAUAUUGAUCUCUCAGCCCCAAAGCUAAAAGGGGGCAUCAAUCCCCCAGAUUUGAGACUACCUAAAGGUAAAAUCAAAGGCCUAAAACUAGACCUCAAUGAUCCAGAUUUGGAUGUUGACGCUUCCUCAGGAAAACUGAAAAUGCCCAAAUUUGGACUCUCAGGCACUAUGCCAAAAGGACCAAAUCUGGACAUAAAUACUGGUGCAAAAUCACCCAAGUUCAGUCUAAAUAUGCCAAAGAUAAAAGCUGGGAUUGAUGCGCCUGACAUGGAUUUACCAGACAUGAACCUCAAAGCCCCUAAAUUAGAUGUAAACACUCCAGAUAUUGACAUUGAUUCACCAACAGGGAAAUUCAAAAUGCCCAAUAUGAAAAUGUCAACAUUUGGAAUGAAGGGGCCACAUAUUGACAAAGUUGGAGAUAUAGAGGCACCAGACCUGAACUUGUCGUCUCCCAAACUCAAGGGUCCCAAAGCAGACCUCAACAUUCCAGAUGCUGAUAUUGGCCGUCCAUCAGGAAAAUUCAAAAUGCCAACUUUCAAGAUGCCACAUUUAGGUUCCUCUGGACCAAAGGUUAAGGGGCCUGACUUGGAUCUUUCAGCCCCCAAGUUUAAAGCUGGGAUUGAUGCCCCUGACAUGGAUUUAUCAGACAUGAACCUCAAAGCCCCUAAAUUAGAUGUAAACACUCCAGAUAUUGACAUUGAUUCACCAACAGGGAAAUUCAAAAUGCCCAAUAUGAAAAUGUCAACAUUUGGAACGAAGGGGCCACAUAUUGACAAAGUUGGAGAUAUAGAGGGACCAGACCUGAACUUGUCAUCUCCCAAACUCAAGGGUCCCAAAGCAGACCUCAACAUUCCAGAUGCUGAUAUUGGCCGUCCAUCAGGAAAAUUCAAAAUGCCAACUUUCAAGAUGCCACAUUUAGGUUCCUCUGGACCAAAGGUUAAGGGGCCUGACUUGGAUCUUUCAGCCCCCAAGUUUAAAGCUGGGAUUGAUGCCCCUGACAUGGAUUUAUCAGACAUGAACCUCAAAGCCCCUAAAUUAGAUGUAAACACUCCAGAUAUUGACAUUGAUUCACCAACAGGGAAAUUCAAAAUGCCCAAUAUGAAAAUGUCAACAUUUGGAAUGAAGGGGCUACAUAUUGACAAACAUGGAGAUAUAGAGGGACCAGAGCUGAACUUGUCAUCUCCCAAACUCAAGGGUCCCAAAGCAAACGUCAACAUUCCAGAUGCUGAUAUUGGCCGUCCAUCAGGAAAAUUCAAAAUGCCAACUUUCAAGAUGCCACAUUUAGGUUCCUCUGGACCAAAGGUUAAGGGGCCUGACUUGGAUCUUUCAGCCCCCAAGUUUAAAGCUGGGAUUGAUGCCCCUGACAUGGAUUUACCAGACAUGAACCUCAAAGCCCCUAAAUUAGAUGUAAACACUCCAGAUAUUGACAUUGAUUCACCCACAGGGAAAUUCAAAAUGCCCAAUUUGAAAAUGUCAACAUUUGGAACGAAGGGGCCACAUAUUGACAAACAUGGAGCUAUAGAGGGACCAGACCUGAACUUGUCAUCUCCCAAACUCAAGGGUCCCAAAGCAAACCUCAACAUUCCAGAUGCUGAUAUUGGCAGUCCAUCAGGAAAAUUCAAAAUGCCAACUUUCAAGAUGCCACAUUUAGGUUCCUCUGGACCAAAGGUUAAGGGGCCUGACUUGGAUCUUUCAGCACCCAGGUUGAAAGGGGGAAUCAGUCCCCUAGAUCCGAAUCUGCCAGAUCUCAAAGGCCCCAAACUAGGCCUAAAUUCACCAGAUGUAAACUUUAAUAUGCCCUCAGGUAAAGUCAAAGUACCUACAUUGAAGAAAUCAAAGGUUGAUCUGAAUGCUCCUGAUCUGGACAUUGAUGGCCCCUCUGGUAAACUGAAAAUGCCCAAAUUUGGGCUGUCUGGUAAAAUGCCAAAAUCCACAAAACUGAAUCUCAAAGCCCCAAAGAUAAAGGGGGGAAUUGAUUCCCCAGAUCUGAAUUUUCCAGAUGCUGACCUCAAAGCCCCUAAACUAGAUGGAAAUGCCCCCGAUUUUGACAUCAAUUCACCUUCUGGGAAAUUGAAAAUGCCCAAAUUUCAAAUGCCUAAAUUCAGAGGCCUUAAGGGACCAGAUGUUGACAUAGAUGGAGACUUAGAGGGCCCGGAUAUAGAUAUCAAUUCCCCCACAGCUAACCUCAAAGGUCCCAAAACAGGUCUAAAAAUGCCAGAUUUGAAGAUGCCUGAUUUCAGGCUAUCUGGCCCUUAUGCAGAAAAACCUGACCAUGACUUACCUGAUAUUGACCUCUCAGCCCCAAAGCUAAAAGGGGGCAUCAAUCCCCCAGAUUUGAGACUACCUAAGGGUCAUCUCAAAGGGCCCAAACUAGAUCUCAAUGCUCAAGAUUUUGAUGUUGAUGCUCCAUCUGGUAAACUGAAAAUGCCCAAAUUUGGCCUUUCAGGUACAAUGCCAAAAGGACCAAAUGUGGACAUAAAUGCAGGUGCGAAGUCACCAAAGUUCAGUCUAGAAAUGCCAAAGAUUAAAGGUGGGAUUGAUACCCCUGAUGUGGAUCUACCAGACAUGAACCUCAAAGACCCUAAAUUAGAUGUAAACACUCCAGAUAUUGACAUUCAUUCACCUGCAGGGAAAUUCAAAAUGCCCAAUCUGAAAAUGUCUAAAUUUGGAGCGAAAGGGCCAGAUAUUGACCUAGAUGGAGAUAUAGAGGGACCAGACCUGAAUUUGUCAUCUCCCAAACUCAAGGGCCCCAAAGCAGAUCUCAACAUUCCAGGUGCUGAUAUUGACAGUCCAUCAGGAAAAUUCAAAAUGCCAACUUUCAAGAUGCCAGAUUUAGGUUUAUCUGGACCAAAAGUUAAGGGGUCUGACUUAGAUCUUUCAGCCCCCAAGUUUAAAGGGGGGAUUAGUCACCCAGAUUUGGAUCUGCCAGAUGUUGCCCUCAAAGGCCCCACAUUAGACCUCAAUUCACAAGAUGUAAACUUUAAUAUGCCCUCCGGUAAAGUCAAAGUACCUACAUUGAAGAAACCAAAGGGGGAUCUGAAUGCUCCUGAUCUGGACAUCGAUGGGCUCUCUGGUAAACAGAAAAUGCCCACAUUCUUGCUGCCUGGUACAAUGUCAAAAUCCCCAGACUUGAGGCUCAAAGCUUCAAACAUUAAGGGGGGAAUUGAUGUUCCAGACAUGCAUUUACCAGAUGAUGACCUCAAAGCCCCUGAAGUAGAUGUGAAUGCCCCAGAUCUUGACAUCAAUGAACCCCCUGGGAAAUUCAAAAUGCCCAAAUAUAAAAUGCUUAAAUUCAGAGACCUAAAGAGACCAGAUGUUGACAUUGAUGGAAACUUAGAGGGCCCAGAUAUAAAUAUCAAUGCCCCCACAGCUAACCUCAAAGGUCCCAAAACAGGUCUAAAAAUGCCAGAUUUGAAGAUGCCUGAUUUCGGGCUAUCUGGGCCACAUGUAGAUGAACCUGACUAUGACUUACCUGAUAUUGACCUCUCAGCCCCAAAGCUAAAAGGGGGAAUCAGUCCCCCAGAUUUGAGACUAUCUAAGGGGCAUCUCAAAAGCCCAAAACUAGACCUCAGUGCUCCAGAUAUGCCCUCAGGUAGAUUCAGAGUUCCAACCAUAGAGAGGCCAAAUGGUAGCAUCAAAGCCCCUGAUUUUGACAUCAGCACUCCUACAUUCAAAAUGCAUACAUUUGGGUUGUCUACACCAAAAGGACCGGAUCAUGACAUCAGUGCUGACCUUGGUUAAAUUGUCAAAGAUGAAAGGCAGGAUUGGUUCACCAGAUCUGGACCUACCUAUAAUUGACUUAAAAGCCCCUAACAUAGAUUUAAACACUCCAGAUAUUAACAUUGGUUCACUAUCUUGGAAAUUCAAAAUGUCUCACCUCAAAAUGCCUAAAUUCGGCCUUUCUGGUCUGAAAGGUCCAGAUGCUGGAAUAGAUGGAGACAUUGAUGGACCAGACCUGAGCUUGUCAACCCUGAAAGUAAACACGGGGAUUGGUAGUCCAGAUUUAGACAUAAAUGUUCCCUCUGGUACCCUCAAAGGCCCCCAAGCUCAAUUGAUCUCAAUUUGCCAGACAGUGAGUGACGUUGCUAUAUAAUCUCUAAAAUUCAAACUGCCGUCUUUAAAAUUGCCUCAGUAUGGAAAUCCCAAUAGAAGAGCAGUAUCAGAUAUGGACUUUAUGAAAACAAAUGACAUUUCUCCUCCAAAGGCUAAAGUGGAUCUAAAAGCACCAGACUUGAAAGUUAGUCACCCAGAUGUCAGCCUGAGCUUACCCAAAGCUGAUAUCAGAAGCCCAGAAUACAAAGUGUCAUCUCAUAGUAAACGCAGAUCUGAUAUCCCAGGUAGAGCGCAUAUAAACGAUUUGAUAUGCCAGGUUGGAGUAUAUAUAAAAGUGCCUGUUGGGAAGUCUAGGAAGGUCAAAGGAAGGGCUAGUUAUCCCAUUGCAGAUAUUGAUUUGCCAAAAGUUGAUUACGAAGUGUUUGGUGUGGAUCUGAGAGGUUCAGACCUUAACCUUGACGACCUCACAGUGAAAUUCUAAAUUCCCAAAUCCAAGACUUCUAAAUUGGGUAGUUAUACAAGAAUACCAGAUAUAGACUCAAGUCUUCCCAGUAUUAAUGCCUCAAUCCCUCUUUUCCCACCCCAAAGUGUAGAUUAGUGGUUUCACAGACAGAUUUUAAUUUGAGAAGACCUGACCUCAAGGGCAAUAAACAAUCGGAAAGCCCCAACUGGUGAACGAAACCGGCAGAUAAAAAAAGUACAAAGCAGUCUAAAAUUGUAGUCCAUGACAAAUUUGACUCAUGGUUCAAACCCCAAAAUUUCUGAAGAUCAAUAAUAUUUCAUCACUGUACAGUAUUUCCCAAACAUGUCAAAGAUGAUGUACCAGACGGAACUGGGAGCCUGAAAAAUUGGCACAAGGAAGAGUCAAACCGUAGAUCUCAUACACUCAGAUGUCUCGACUUCAUUGCAUCAAAUGUGGACCUUAAAGUUACAGAAGAUGAGAACUUAAAAGGGUCAAAGCUUAUAUAGGAUUCAGACAGCUGACUAAAUGUAAUUUUAGGCUUGUUUGAAUCACAAUCUUCUGUUGAAACAUAAUGCAGAAAACUUCUGUUACUUGCACUUAUUUGUACUUUUUAUGUAAAUUGAUUGGUGUUUGUUAUGAACAUGUUGAAAAUGUAUGUGUAACGGGUUCUCAUUUUGUGAAAUUGUUUUACAAAAUGGAUGAAAAGCUAUUUGAAAAGGUGUUUUUACUGUACACUUGCUGUAUUACAAUCAUUUGUUUUAUCUUUACAUUAAUGCAAUAAAACUAUUAAUUCUAAACAACUUCUUAAUGCAUUAGCCUAGACAACAUUAUUCUGACAGUAGGCCUUAUUUUCCAUAUUUUUGCUCUUGAAAUAACGUCUGAAAAAUUAAUUCUGUCAAGUAUGAUAAAAACAUUUAACUCAA